ACCUCAGACUUUUGCACGUUGGGAAUGGAAACAUAGUGAAACAACGUGGAUGGCAGACAAUUAAAUUGUUAUUUAUUAAAUUCAGCGUUGGCGGAGCGUAAAUGCUCCACGGUUUCCGCUGCCUGGAUUUAAUAACUCGACCCUUUAACGCGGCUAAAAGAUGGGGAAGGUACCAAAGAAGAGGAGCCUUGCUGACAAGGUCCGCAAAACCAAGACCUCUAUUGAGAUAAAGAACAACCCGUUUGAGGUGAAAAUCAACAGGAAAAAAUUUGAUGUUCUGGGGAGAAAAAGCAAGCAUGACGUGGGUCUGCCUGGUGUGUCUCGAUCCAAAGCCAUUAAUAAGAGAAAGGAAACCCUUCUGAAGGAAUACAAACAGAAGAACAAGUCCAACAAAUUGAUUGACAGACGCUUUGGAGAGUAUGACACCAAGAUGGCACCAGAAGACAAAAUCCUACAGAGGUUCGCGAUGGAGAGACAGCGUGUCCACGAUAAGAAGGAUGUGUACAACCUGAACGAGGAGGAGGAGCUGACCCAUUAUGGCCAGUCACUGGCUGAGAUGGAGAAAUUCAAUGACCUUGUGAAUAGCGAUGAUGAGUCAGAAGAGAAAGGUCUUUUGUCAGCUGAGCUGACCGCCUCCCACUUUGGAGGAGGAGGGGGCCUCCUCAAAAAGAAAACGGGGGAUCAGCAGGACCAGGAAGGAAACCAGAGGGCCAAGUCCAGACAGGAGCUCAUUGAAGAGCUCAUCCAGAAGUCCAAGCAGGAGAAGCGGGAACGACAGGUGCAGAAAGAGGAGGCACAGGAGCUGACUGAGAAGCUGGAUCAAGAGUGGAAGAGCAUCCAGGCUCUGAUGGUGAAAAAGACACCCAAAGCUGAAAGUGCCGACAAACCGGAGGAGAGGCCCAAGCUGGAAGACUAUGACAUGAUGGUCAGAGAGCUCGGCUUUGAGAUGAAGGCUCAGCCCUCGGAGAAGAUGAAAACCCCGGAGGAGCUCGCCCGAGAGGCGAGGGAAAAGCUGCAGAAACUAGAGGCGGACCGUCUGAGGAGGAUGAUGGGAGUUGAAGUUGGAGACAGUGCACAGAGUCACAUCCACAUGUCUGCCGAUGACCUCAACGAUGGCUUCAUUCUGGAUAAGGAAGACAAGAAGACCCUGUCUUAUCAGGAUGGAAAAUGGAACAUUGGAGAGGAGUCUAAGGAAGAUGAGGACGAAGAUGAAGAAGAGGGAGAGGGAGAAAGCGGUGAGGAGGAGGAAUCGGAGGCAGGGGAGGAAGAUGAAGAUGGAGAGGAAGAAGAGGGGGAGGAGGAAGAGGAGCAAGAUGGCAGCAGUGAAGAAGAAGAUGGUCACUCGGACCUGGAGUCCGAGCAAGAAAGCGAGGAUGAGGAGGAAAAACAGGACGAUAAAGAAACCGGUGCCAAACCGAACAAGAGUCUGAGCAAAGAGGAGGUGAAGGCCCAGCAGGAGGCUGCUAAAGCAGAGCUCCCAUACACAUUUACUGCUCCAGAGAGCUACAGCGACCUGAAAGAUUUGGUCAAAGGCCACACCCCCGACAACCAGCGCCUAAUCGUGGCCAGGACUCAGAAAUGCAACCAUCCUAGUUUGGCUGUAGGCAAUAAGCUCAAACUGCAGAAACUGUUUGGUUAUCUGUUGGAGUAUGUUGGAGAACUGGCCACCAGGAGUCCACCUGAACUCACCACCAUAGAUAAGCUCAUACCAGAGUUGUACACGUUGUGUCAGAUGUUUCCGGAAGCAGCCUGUAAGGCCAUGCAGAGCAUCCUCGGAGACGCUGGUCACAGCAUGGAGGAGGUGCUUGAGGUCAAAGGGCACAUUGCUUUCCCAGCACUAGACAUGCUCAUCUACCUGAAGGUGACAGCGCUGCUGUUUCCUACCUCAGACUUCAGACACCCAGUUACCACACCAGCGCUGCUUUACAUCAGCCAGUCUCUCACCAAGUGUCCAGUGAGAUCAUUACAAGACGUGACGUCAGGUUUGGUCCUGUGCUGUCUGGCAGCGGAGUACGUCUCUUUUUCACAGCGCUUCCUGCCUGAGCUGAUUAACUUCCUGGCUGGAACACUACAUCUGGCCGUGCAGGACAAGACCUCUCUAGGUUACACUGUAGUGCCGCCCUUUAGGCCUUCUGGGAAGUGCAGUGAUCUGCUGGUGCUGUCGGUCUCCGAGUCCUGCAAGAGCUGGAGCAAGAAAAGCCUUCCACUGUCUGCUACCCAACACUUUGAACUCAAAAAUGACCUUGACCGAGAUCACCAUAGGUUGAUGUGUCUGUCCACUUGCCUGGACGUAGUGAAGCGGUGCUGCCUGCUCUACAAAGACCUUGUGUCCUUCACAUACAUCUUCCAGCCAAUCAGAACGCUGCUUUCCAAACAUCUUUCGGCCCAGACAUUACCAGAGUGUUUACAGGAGCUUCACACUGAGAUCCUGGAGACCAUCAGCAGGGCUCCUGUGACUCACAGUCGGCUGGUUUUAGAGAAGAAGAAGCCUGUUCCUCUGAAGCUGCUCACACCCAAGAUUGUUGAAGUGUUGGACUAUGGAAAGAAGCGCGGCAGCAGCAGAGAGGAGAGAGAGAAGGAGCGAUUGAAGCACAAGUACAAGAAGGAGUUCAAGGGCGCUCUGAGGGAGAUCAGGAAGGACUCGCGCUUCCUGGCCAGAGAGAAGCUCAACGAGGUCAUGAACAGAGAUGCAGAGAGAAAGAGGAAAGUGAAGGAGCUCUUUGGCAGUUUGGCCUCUCAGGAGGGAGAGUGGAAGGCUCUGAAGAGGAGGAAGAGGAAGUGAAAUACAGAAUCUCAGUCUUCAUCGCUUCUCUCCGUCAUCUGUUCCCUGUCAAAUGGACAUCUCACAUCCAGCUGUGGAUAACAAACCUGAAUAAGGUUGACAUUUGUGGAACUGGGAACUGUUUUGUACUUUAUUUUUUUUUAAUCGUGAGAUAAGAUUAAGUCAACGUCCUUGUCGCAACACACAUUUUAUACAGUUUGAGCUGUCACAAAUGCACACCAAGUUGUCAAACAUUCUGAUGUAGGCGUUUGAUGUGACACUCGGAUACUGUUGUUGGAAGUGUCAGUCAACACAGCAGUGAAUAUUUGGUUUGCCCCCCUCCCACACACACACACACACACACACUCCAUCAGUGUGAUGUGCUUCAAUACAAGAAAAAAAAAUCACAGUAUCUUUCUGUUCUCUUAUUUUGCACAUUAUUUUCCAGUCAAGCCCAGCAAAGGAAGGUCUGGGUUAUUGCCACCAUGAAAUAAUUUCAAAGUCAAGUGCUUUGGUAGAAAAGGGCUUGUUCAUGCAAAGCCUGUGACUUUUACACAGUGGAAUCAAACAUUCUGUGCACAUUCACAAAUUAAACAGUAAUUUUACACGACUGUCAGUUCUCUAACAUAAAACGUUUGGAUUGUUCAGUGGGAGUCUUUAGUUUUAUUUCAUAAAUGAGAAGUAAACCACAGCCACACAGUUGUUGAAGGAUGGGAUGUGUGAGGAAAGAAGGGAUGAUGGGGAUACAUUUUGAGCUGUAUGAAACCAGAAAAAGAAUGCCAGUUGACCCUUCUCUAAGACCACUUCCUAGAGAAGGGUCAACUCUGACAUUUUUCCACCUUCUCGUUGGCAUGCUGCCUGUUAUCUCUGAGUGUCCAUGCCAAUUGCAAAGAAGAUACUCCCAUCAGUUCUCAGCCGCUGCUCUGUCGGAUCAGUCCAGGGGUUUUAUGGGGCCUUGAAGACUACAUACACAUAUUGAAUUAUAACUGGAUCGUGAUAGUCUUCCAGAGAAUUAUAGCAUUACAAUAGUCAUUAAUGGACAUUAGCGCUUGAGUGCUAUCCAAGUGAAAGUGAUCAAAGCAUGUAUGGCUGUUAUUUUCCACUCACCCCAAAAGUGACAGAGCAGAUGAUAUUAUAAAACAAACGCAUCAUGUUCUUAGUUUCCAGUGCAACUUAAGGUUACAGGCCGUUAACGCAGUGUAUUGAAGUGAUUUAUGUGAUGCAGAGGAAAUACAAUUAGUGUACAUUUCAGUAAAGGUGAAAUGCCACGUUAGUGUUGGUGUGAUGGGCCAAUUCCUGGACACCAAAACUAUUAAUUCUAAUUAAUUAAUUAAAAAAAAAGAUGUCUGUUGCUUUCUCCACAUAAAUAGGUCCUCAUGGGGCUGGCCAAAAUAUAAAGUCUGAGUCAUGAAAUAAGCAAAAAUACGAAACAUAAACGUCAAGUUGUUGUCACAGUACCUGCCUCCGCAUGGAGCUGUGAUGAAUAAUAACAACAAGGAGUCAUCGGCUACUUAAAGAGUCUGCGGGGAGGUCCCAGGAAAUAGCAGUUGACAGGUAUGGACAAUAACAAGUGAUGGUGCAUACAAGUAUAGGCCUCUGCAGGAUUCAUUAGUGAGAAACGGAAGUGAAAUUUUGAGAAUUAACAAAUGACUCUGUUUUCUUGGGAGUACUGAUCUUGAUGUAAACUGUGAAAAAGUGAUGUACACGUAUAUUUAAAUGUAGUUAAAGAUGAACUGCAGCUGUAGAUGGACGCGUCAAGCGCUAACAUGCUUUAUUAUAAUAACAUACUGGUGUUACAGGAAGGAUUAUUGCUUCCUUUAAACCAAAUGUCAAAUAAACAUGCUUUCCUCUGAUGAAAGUGUACCAAAAA